AGACGCGUUGGCAAUUUCCUAAACACAGCUCAGUCACUUCAGUAUCAUCCGAGGCCAGGGUAGGGGAGGUGUGUGUAUGUGUGUGUGUUGGAUGUGACACCGGCUGGAAGGAGACCCCCUGAUACAGAAGAUAUCUGGACACCGAUUUGACAUGAGCAGGGUGCCCUGACAUGGACACAGAGAUGAUUCCCAAAUUUUCGUCAAAGGAUGAGGAAGUUGACUACUGGAAGUCCCAAGCCCUCAAAUACAAGAAAAGUUGCUACGAUGCCCAGGAAGAGCUGCAGGAGUUCCAGGAAGGCAGCCGGGAGCUAGAAGCUGAGCUGGAGGCACAGCUCGGCCAGGCCGAACACCGCCUCAGAGACCUCCAAGUUGAAAACGAGAGACUGAAGAACGAGGUGUCAAACCUCAAGGAGAAGCUGGAGCAUCAGUAUGCCCAGAGUUAUAAACAGAUUUCCAUGCUAGAGGAUGACCUGGGCCAGACACGCAGCAUAAAGGAGCAGCUCCACAAAUAUGUCCGAGAGCUUGAGCAGGCCAACGACGACCUGGAGAGAGCCAAGAGGGCGACAAUAGUGUCUCUGGAGGACUUUGAGGGCCGUUUGAACCAGGCCAUUGAGAGAAACGCCUUCCUGGAAAGUGAGCUGGAUGAGAAGGAAUCUCUUCUUGUGUCUGUGCAGCGGCUGAAAGACGAAGCCCGAGAUCUGAGACAGGAGCUGGCGGUACGGGAGCGGACCACAGACAGGAUGUCAGCCCCCAGCUCCCCCACCUUAGACAUCGACAAGAUGGAUUCAGCAGUACAGGCCUCUUUAUCCCUCCCAGCCACGCCUGUGGGAAAGAACAUAGAGCACGCCUUCAUCAACCCAAAAGCAUUGACCAACGGCUGUGGCAACUCGUCCCUCACUCCUUCUGCUAGAAUCUCAGCUCUUAAUAUUGUUGGCGAUCUCCUGAGGAAAGUUGGGGCUUUGGAGUCUAAAAUCGCUGCAUGCAGGAACUUUGCCAAAGACCAGGCAGCAAGGAAAAACUACUGCACAGACAACGGCAAACUCAUCAACAGCAACGCCACAAAGUUCUCUCACUCUCUACAUACCACUUACUUCGACAAAACGACUGUAAAUGGACUAGACCCGAGCUCCUUGACCUCCAUUGCAACAUCUAGAGCCGUGUCUCCACCAGGCAUGCUGCCUCUGAGCGUGUGAGGGUUCCUCACACCACAUAAACCUCUACUGAAAUCACCCAACACAAUGUGGGAACGGAGAGGACACUUGAAAGACCAUUACAUUGUGUGCCAGGUGUGUGUGUGUGUGUAUGUGUGUGUGUGUGUGAGAGAAAGAGUUUGAAAGGAAGAGUGAUGUGCGUGUGUUCGGGAUUGUGCAUUUUUUGAACGUGAUGUGUGGAAGAGAGGCUCGACUAUACAGUGAACUCGCCUCCAGUUUUGCAGCUCUAAAUGCAUCUGUGAGUAGGUGCACAUAUGUCCCUACCACAUAUUUGCAUGUGCCUGAAGCUGUAUCAUGCUUGUAUGAAUGUCAAAUGCGUUGCUCUCUAGAUGUCAACUCUGAAGUGGCACUGUUAUAUUCUUAGUUCCACUGAAAUCUACUAUCUCCGACAAAAGGUCUUCGGCAGACCAUAGCUUCCUCUUAACCUUCGUUUCCUUCUGUAUUUUCACUUUAAUUGCACAGUUAAGCUAAUUUCCAUUUAGAAUGUAUGAUAUUUAAAAAGGGAUGUGUUCAUUAUUAUUAAUUUAUCUCACAGUACGCUUUAAAAUGCAAUAUUUCUGCUAUUUUCUUGCAUGUGUGCGUAUGUAAUGUGGGGUUGGAGAGGUGUAGUUGGACCCCAUGUUCAUGACUGAAGUGAAUGUUGAUCGUUCAAAGCCAUGUAGCCAUAGCGCAGUCAUUCCUCUUUGUCACUGGCUACUUGCUGUUAUUAAUUUGGAAACAGUCUCCAUGUUACAGCUUGGAAAUAUCAGCUGGUUCUGUCGCUGGGUUAAACCUGCACUUAAACAAACUGCUCCUCACAGGUUUUGCUGCAGUCGAUAUUCCUCUGUGACAUUUCGGGGAAACAGUUUUGCCUUUUUUUUGUGUGUAAUUGUUUAAUGUAUAGGUUUUUGUUUUUUUUUAAAUCACGUGACAGGCUCAUUUACCUCAUUCUGAUGUAAUGGCAGUUAUCUGCAGUAGAUUCAUAAUAUAAGUAGGUGAAUUCGGCUUUAUAAAACGCACACAAAAGGAUACUCUAAAGUGAAAUGAAACUGAGAUAAGGAUCCUUUUUGAGACUGUCUGUUAACUUUGGCUGGUGUAUGAACUCAUGGUCCAUCGGGGCCUUUGUGUCAUGCAGCAUAUUUUGCUGCCUUUGUGUUAUGUUGUGUGUGUCUUGGAUUUUUAGCUGGCUGGAUAUUGGCACUGUAUUCAUUUUACAUGCCUGUGUCUAAAUCCAUUUUGCCCACAUAUCUUCCCCUUUCACAGAUUUUUUUUUUGCCACCAUUUUGAAGCAUUAUUUCAAGCCUUUAGUAUUAAUUUUUAUUUGAUAAUACUAUAUGAGAUGUCAUUUUGGGCACUCUAUGAGCCUGUCACUACAGUGUGUUCUACAGUCAGUGUGUGUAUAUAGCUUGUAAGGAUGGUAAUUUUGCAUACCACAUUUGUACAUACUGACAUUCGACAUUAAGGUCUUAUUUAUUUCAGAUUCUGUAUGGCAUGUUGAGCUAAUGAAUGGUUUAAGCCAUUGUAUUAUGAUAUAAAAUUGUUUGUCAAAAUUGUUUAAGUAAAUAAAGAUUGAAAUGAUAAAUAUA